UGUUCGGCUGCCUCUGGAUCUCAAAAAUAUCUGGGAUCCAGCAUCUCAUCCCUCACCAAGCUGAGAUUCAGCUAUUUUGGUGUAUCUGAAUCCAGAUUCAGAAUCUCAAUCAGCUGGAUUCGACUCCAAGACAGACAAGUCCUCCUGUUCUUCACUCACCUUCCCCAUCCCGCAUCCAACAACCCUCCUCCUCCUUCAUCAAUUCAACGAUGCCUCCAAAAGCCUCAUCUCGGACACAUCGCGCUCCUAUUCUGAUUAGUGGGAAGAAGACACUAGCACCUACACCACGUGUUUUGCAGCCUGCUGUAUCUACAACUCCGAUGUCUGGACCUCCUGGUGGGACACAAGCCGAGGAGGGCAGUCAAACCACCCAACUAGCUGUAGCGUUGCAAAAUCCGACCUUACCUCCUGUGCAGAUUGCUACUCAACAAACGGUGUCCGAUGGCCAACUGUCCCAGGUUUCAGCCACCCAGAAGAAACUUACCUGUCGCUGGACCGAUGCGGACGAUGAAGUCUUGAUCAACGGCUUGAAGGAUGAAAAAUCUCUUCAUGCAGGCACCACAAACGGGUUCAAACCUACUUCCUGGGUACAGGUUGCAAUUGCUUUACAAGGUUCCGAACUAGUGACCGAAUCUAAAGCAAAGGAUGCCAGCACAUGCAAGAGCCGCUGGGGAGCUUUGAAGAAGCUGUAUUUAAGCUUCAAGACCGUUGCUGGAUUGUCCGGGGCUGGUUGGGAUGAGACUGCAAAAAUGAUCUCGCUUCCCACUUCAGUAUGGCAAGAGCUAGCCAAAAACAAGAGUGCGGCAGGGCGCGACCUAUCUCGAUGGCAGACACGAGCGUUACCGCUUUACCACGAUCUGGCGUUCUUAAUUGAGGGAAACACGGCUAAUGGGGACCUGAUGAUCACCACUGUUGAUAGCCCUCCGGAAACCCAACGCGAUGUCGGUAAUGAUGUCGAUUCUAGUCCCGAAGAUGAGGAAACCAAUGUUGAUCUUGGGAAUGAAGAAGAUGACGAUGAUCACCAGUCACCUGUUGCACCUAAGUCGACCCCAUCAGUCCCAUCCAAGCGCAAACGAGGUUCGGCAUUGUCACCCGAUGGUAUCCUUGAUGAGCUCAAGUCAAUGAGCUCAUCCAUCUCCCAGGCCAUGCAGGCCCCCAUUCCACCUCUGAUUUUCACUCCAUCGGCUCCACCCCCAUCGGUUCACAUGCGAGCGAUUGAGCUAGUGCAAAACGAGGACAACUUGUCAAACAAUCAAGUAUUCGAAGCGGUCGAGUUCCUUGGGAAGGACAGCAACGCCGAGGUAUAUGUUUCCUUCAACGCAACUCUCCGUUCCACCUGGCUCCGUAUGAAGUUGGGAUGGUAGCCGGUUUUUUUCCUCACAGCUCUCAUGGAAUCUCUCUUGAGGGCUUUAUUGCCUCACUUAUGCAAUGUCAUGUUGAAUGAUUAAGCUGUUUCUAUUGUGCAAAUGAUAGAAUCAAUAGAUUGUGUGAGGCUGUAUUGAUUGUGAUUAGAACAACUGGUCUUUGCUGUGAAUUGUUUACAAACUGCCUCUUCCAUGUCGCUGACGAUGUCGGAGAAGCUUUUGGUAGUCAGCCCACAUCCUAAGGGCAAUCUCAUCUCGCUUCUGGCUUGCACGAGCAGAUUCAGCCCUGGUGAUUCCAGAAGCAUGCAACACACCAUACUCA